GAAAAGUCGUUUCAUAGUGCUGUGAGAGUCUAUUACAGGAACUUGAUCAAGUUUGAGGGUUAUCGUAGGGGGUCUCUUUGAGGAAGUUGCUUUCAAGCUGACACUUAAGGAUGAAUCAAAAUUACCCCAGCUAGGAGUUGGGGGCUGGUGUUGAGGCUGAAGAAUAGCAUAUGUGAUAGGAAAAAGGCCCAGAGUGGCUGAAGUGGUGGUAGAAGUGGUAUGAGAUGACAGAGACUUAUAGGCCAUGUUAAUGUAUGUAUGAUGUUAACAUAUACAUUAUGCUGAGGAGAUACUGUUUUCUGAUAAUAAGCCAUCUUUUUUUUCUGCAGUACCAAAUAUGCCCCAACAGCGGCAAGACCAGCAUCAUCAGAGCACCAUGAUGCAUCCAGCCUCAGCAGCAGGCCCUCCGAUUGUAGCCACCCCACCAGCUUACUCCGCACAAUAUGUUGCCUAUAGUCCUCAGCAGUUUCCAAAUCAGCCACUUGUUCAACAUGUGCCACAUUAUCAGUCUCAGCAUCCUCAUGUGUAUAGUCCUGUGAUACAGGGUAAUGCUAGAAUGAUGGCACCACCAACUCAUGCCCAGCCUGGUUUAGUAUCCUCUUCAGCAACUCAGUACGGGGCUCAUGAACAGACGCAUGCCAUGUAUGCAUGUCCCAAAUUACCAUACAACAAGGAGACAAGCCCUUCUUUCUACUUUGCCAUUUCCACGGGCUCCCUUGCUCAGCAGUACGCGCACCCUAAUGCUACCCUGCACCCACAUACUCCACAUCCUCAGCCUUCAGCUACCCCCACUGGACAGCAGCAAAGCCAGCAUGGUGGAAGUCAUCCUGCUCCCAGUCCUGUUCAGCAUCAUCAGCACCAAGCUGCCCAGGCUCUCCAUCUGGCCAGUCCACAGCAGCAGUCAGCCAUUUACCACGCGGGGCUCGCGCCAACCCCACCUUCCAUGACACCUGCCUCCAAUACGCAGUCGCCUCAGAAUAGUUUCCCAGCAGCACAACAGACCGUCUUUACAAUCCAUCCUUCUCAUGUUCAGCCGGCAUAUACCAAUCCACCCCACAUGGCCCACGUACCUCAGGCUCAUGUACAGUCAGGAAUGGUUCCUUCUCAUCCAACUGCCCAUGCGCCAAUGAUGCUAAUGACGACACAGCCACCCGGCGGUCCCCAGGCCGCCCUCGCUCAAAGUGCACUACAGCCCAUUCCAGUCUCGACAACAGCGCAUUUCCCUUAUAUGACGCACCCUUCAGUACAAGCCCACCACCAACAGCAGUUGUAAGGCUGCGCUGGAGGAACCGAAAGGCCAAAUUCCCUCCUCCCUUCUACUGCUUCUACCAACUGGAAGCACAGAAAACUAGAAUUUCAUUUAUUUUGUUUUUAAAAUAUAUAUAUGUUGAUUUCUUGUAACAUCCACUAGGAAUGCUAACAGUUCACUUGCAGUGGAAGAUAUUUGGACCGAGUAGAGGCAUUUAGGAACUUGUGGGCUGUUCCAUAAUUCCACAUGCUGUUUCAAAGUCCCGCAAGUACCCCAGCUCUGCUUGCCAAAACUGGAAGUUAUUUAUUUUUUAAUGACCCUUGAAAGUCGUGAACACAUGAGCUAGCAAAAGAAGUAACAAGAGUGAUUCUUGCUGCUAUUACUGCUUUAAAAAAAAAAUCAAGACUCGGAACGCCCUUUUACUAAACUUGACAAAGGUUCAGUAAAUUCUUACCGUCAAACUGACGGAUUAUUAUUUAUAAAUCAAGUUUGAGGUGAUCACUGUCUACAGUGGUUCAACUUUUAAGUUAAGGGAAAAACUUUUACUUUGUAGAUAAUAUAAAAUAAAAACUUAAAAAAAAAUUAAAAAAUAAAAAAAGUUUUAAAAACUGA